GAUCAACCCGCUCAAUUUUUUUGAACAUUUUUUGGGUACUUUCGUAUCGGCGCAUUGCUUUGGCUUAUCUUUGCAUCAUCUUUUUGUGUUCCAGGAAACCGGAGAACAGAAGAAACGAAACUAGUACUAAGUCAACCGUAUCUGUUUAUCCACUCAUAUCAAGCUUUUGCCAUUCAUAUUAAAUGCUGUAUAUACUCCAAGUCGCGCUAGGCUGAAGGCUGAAGGUGGGCGAUUGCAUAGGAUAUUAGGAUAUCUGACAGUCUGCUAGUUGUGUUGCGUUGAGUGUGUGGCCUGAUAUGGAGUUGACGUUUUCUCGAGAGUGAGAGAUCACUAUGUGUGUCUUUCUCGAGGAGCGAAAACACAGAAUAGUAGGCUUGGAACAAACAGCUCUUGGUACCUAGUUUUCAACCAUAUGAACAAGCAUUACACGAAAAAGAACAUGUCAUGUUGUGGAUAUGUAGUGUCGUCAAGGCCUCCAGACCAUGGUCCAGCGCAAUCUCAUAUUUAUAAUACACUUGAGGAAGCAUGAAGUCUACAAGGACUUCUUCAUUACAGCUAAUCGAACACUGGAUGUCCGUAAUACAUCUCGAUCUUCUCCUUUGGUUAUCAGAGUAUACUGCAUAGUAGUUUCAUUGUGA